AUGGUCCUUGGCUGGCUGCUACUUGUGCUGCUGGCUGCGCCCCUGGGGACCUGGGGCGCCAAGGACUGCAUCUUCUGCGAGCUGACGGACGCCAGUAAGUGCCCCGGCUCGCGCAUGCACUGUGGCGAUGAUGAAGACUGCUUCACAGGCCACGGGGUGGCCCAGGGCAUGGGGCCCAUCACCAACAAGGGCUGCAUCCACUCCACCAACUGUGGCCGCGAGGAGCCCAUCAGCUACAUGGGCCUCACCUACAGCCUCACCACCAACUGCUGCUACGGCCAUUUGUGCAACCGCGCCUCCAGAGCCACAGGCGGCCAAGUGGCCGCAGCCCUCGCGGGCCUGGUGCUGGCCUCGUGGCUACUACAGUGCCUGUGA